GGAUUAAACAUGAAUCACUUGUGCUUCUUUGUAAUAAGUAUUUAGUGAUGGAUUUAUAUCACAGAUGAAUCAUUUUUGCUAUUGAGUCACAUUGACCUAAGAUCCUGUAACAGAUAUGUCAGGCAUUGUACUCUAAAUCUAAACAACAUAUCAAUUAAUUUUGGUGCCACUUAUACCCUUAAAAAUAUGUAGUAAUAGGUGUUCAGAUUUAGCAUUGUUGGUUAAAACAAGUUCAAGGUAUAAUUCUAAUUCUUUUAUUGCUUUUUCAUCUAAUGGAAAAUAGAUGGAAACUUUAUUGCACCACACAUACUUCAGAGAUUCUACCAUGUUCAUAUUAUCUACUACUUCUGCACUUGUAAGUAUCAUUAUCUUAGAACUUUUAUCAGUACUUGACACUAAUAUUCUGGUAGAUUCCAUUCCAUAUCUAGUGCCAUACUUUAAAUGAUACUUGAUAUAAAUAGAAAAAUUGAACCCUGCUCAGUAUUACGGCCUCAUUAGCAUUGGUACUCCACCACAAACUUUUAAGGUUAUCUUUGAUACAGGAUCUUCCAAUUUGUGGGUGCCCUCAAAGAAGUGUCCUUUUACCAACUUAGCAUGCUUACUCCAUAACAAGUAUGACUCUUCAAAAUCAUCAUCCUACAAGAAGAAUGGAACCUCCUUUGCCAUUCAUUAUGGUUCUGGAAGCCUUGAUGGAUUCUGGUCUACUGACCAUGUCUCUUUUGGUGGGCUGACAGUUAAAGGACAAACCUUCGCCGAGGCCAUGCACGAACCUGGUGUGGCUUUUGUAGUUGGUAAAUUCGACGGCAUCUUGGGCAUGGGCUACAGCAGAAUGUCAGUAGAUGGCGUUCCUCCAGUUUUUUACAAUAUGAUCGAUCAAGGGCUCGUGAAAAAACCAGUGUUCUCCUUCUACUUGAACAGAGAUCCUGCAGCGGCUCAGGGUGGUGAAUUGAUCCUAGGUGGGUCUGACAAAGCUCAUUACAAGGGUGAAUUCACUUACCUGCCAGUAGACCGUCAAGCUUACUGGCAGUUCAAGAUGGACAGGGUAAAAGUAGGCUCUGACAAGGUCUUUUGCGCUAACGGAUGCGAAGCCAUUGCCGAUACUGGAACCAGUCUCAUCGCUGGACCUUCCAAGGAAGUCGACGCCAUCAACAAGGCAAUUGGAGCUAUACCAAUCAUGGGAGGCGAAUACUUGGUCAACUGUGACUCUAUCCCAAAGCUACCAACCAUCAAUUUUGUUUUGGGUGGAAAGCAAUUUUCCUUGGAGGGAAAAGACUACAUCUUAAGGGUUUCUCAGGGUGGUCAAACUCUCUGUCUGUCCGGUUUCAUGGGAUUUGAUAUCCCUUCACCAAAUGGACCCAUAUGGAUCUUGGGAGACGUUUUCAUUGGCAAAUAUUAUACUGAAUUCGAUUUGGGCAACAACCGUAUUGGUUUUGCCAAGGCUGUCUAAGUUAUGUAUCAAGCAAAUGUGUGAUUUUAAUAAAUGAGAGUAUUCUAUUCAUUAGCAGUUAUUACAAACAUAUCUAAAGAACUGUGCGGUUGAGUAGUUCAAGAAAAAGUGGCUUUGGGUUAUUAUGAUAUGACAUACUGUUAGUAACUGCUGAUGCCACUUGGUCCAAUAAAUCGCAAUAUGGGAAGUGUGGUAAGCUUUAUGAGUUUAAAGAGGUAAAACGUUAUAUGAAAUUGUUGACUUUAUAAUCAACCGUUUUUAGCCAAAUA